CGGCUCAAAACUGUGGUUCGCCGCCUCCCACCUAGCCUUCCCGAAGAGGUGUUUUGGAAAAGCGUUUCACUAUGGGUAACCCCUGAGACUUCAACAUUUCGAUCAUACCACCCCGGGAAACCCAGAACUAGGCAAGUAAGAGGUGUUCCAUCCAGAGCAUAUGUAGCAUUCAGGAACGCGGAACAAGUUGCAGUGUUCAGCCGCGAAUAUGAUGGCCAUCUGUUUCGCGAUAUGCAAGGU